CAGCAUGCCAAAGCAUAGGAAGGGAGAGUGAGAGCCGAAAACAGAACAAGAAAACGAGAGAAUUAAGGAAAAAGAAGAAGUAGAAGUUUGUUUUGGAAGAGUUUGGUCAUUCUGAACGAAAAUGGCAUCACUUUCAAUAGCCAAGAACGCCAUCUUCAACCUCCGGAAGGCCUUCCCGAGGACACCGUCUUCGAUUACGCUUGCGUCUUCGCGCAAGGUCUCGAGGGUGUGUUUGUCUACCUCAGCCUCCAGAUACUCUGAUGAGCCUCAGGGCAGAGGUUCGGUCGAUCCACCAAGAGACUCGCGGGCUGACAUGGCCCAUCGGUCGAAGGAGACUAUGAACGAGACAGACAAGUGGCCCGACGUGAAGGAUGAGGCGAAACAAGCGACUCGAGAAGCCACUGAAACGGCCAAAGCGAGAGCAGAGGAGAUGAAGGAGAACGCUAAGGGGGGCGCCCACGAUAUGAAGGAGAAGACCAAGGGGACGGCCCAUAAUAUGAAGGAGAAAACGGAGGAGACUGCCUCUUCAAUGGCAGACCGGGCCAAGGAUGCAAAGGAGAAAGCGAAGGAGUAUGCCCAUGAUACAAAGGAGAAGACCAAGGAAUAUGCCCGCAAUACGAAGGAGAAGACCAAGGAUAUGGCCGGCUCGGCUGCAGAGAAGGCCAAGGAGGGGAAGGACAAGGCCAAGGAAACUGCGCAUGACAUGAAGGAGCAGGCGGAGGACAUGACGGAGGCAGCAGCUGAGAAGACCAAGGAGGGGACACGUACAGCGGCGGAGGCUGCCGAGAGCAUAGGGGACAAGGCCAAGCAGAAGGUGGCAGGGGCCUGGGAGGCAGCCAAAGAGACGACCCAGAAGAUCAAGGAGACGGUGGUCGGGAAAUCGGACGAUGAUGAUGAUCGUGACAAGGAGGUGGUGAUGGACGAGGAUGUCGUGGAGAUUAGGAGGCGAGCGGGUAACAAGGACAGCAAGAAGUAUUAAAAAGCCGUCUCUAAUUGGCAAGAGAAUUUCCCUUUUGUUCUUAUAUAUGCAUCUGUGAAUCAAUAAGGCGAGCAGGGAACAAGGACUGAGGAACUGUUUGACGCUUAAUCAAUUAAAACAAUACAAAUGGUUUUCUUUCUUA